AUUAUUAAAUACUACUUUCUGUGUUCUAAUUUAUGUGUCGUUAUUUUUUUUUUGAUCUAUCCCAAAAUAAAUGUCGUCUUUUCUUAUUAGUUAAUUUUUUAAAGACAUAAUUACUCUUUUAUCCUUAUUGAUCUCACUUAAUUAAAAAAAAUAAAAUAUUAACACAUUUUUUGAUAAAGAAUAAUUUGGUAAACUUUAUCAGAUCUUUCCUUUUUUCUUAAAUUUCGUAUUCGAUCAAAUGACGAUACAUAAAAUAAAACGAAAGAAGUAUUAUAUAUAAUUUAUCAUUUUAUAUCAAUUUUAUCCUAGCAUAUUACUGUAGAUAUUGCGAGAGUAUAUAUUAUUCAAACCAAUAAUUGAAAUAACUAGGUAAUUGUUUUUAUCUUUAUCCAUCCCUGAUUUCCAUACUGGUAGGAUUUGGUCAUUUGGGUUUCUUGGUGUAAGUGAUCAGUGAGGAAUUUGUAGAAUGGAUGAAGUAGUAGGACCACGCUUAUACAGCUGCUAUAAAUGUCGAAACAAUGUCUCUCUUCACGAUGAUAUAAUCUCUAAGGCGUUUCAGGGAAGAAAUGGCAGAGCUUUUCUGUUUACUCAUGUGAUGAAUAUUGUUGUUGGGGCUAAAGAAGACAGAACUCUCAUGACUGGUCUUCAUACUGUUGCUGAUAUACACUGUGGGGAUUGCAAUGAGGUAUUGGGCUGGAAAUACGAACGAGCUUAUGAGCCUACUCAGAAGUACAAGGAAGGGAAAUUCAUACUUGAGAAAUCUAAAAUCGUUAAAGAGAAUUGGUAGUCCACCACCAAUUUCAUUAUUGAUUCUUUAUCUUAGUACUUAAUGUAAGUAAUGCUUAUUCUAUCUAUAUCACUCCUUGUACAGAACAUGCCAAACUGAAAAAAUUGCAAAAGUUCAAUUGAAGAUUUCGACUUUUUGUUGUUUCA